AUGGAAAACAAGGAACUUCGCUUGGUUGGUGGCCUUAUAUCUGGAAGACUUGAAGUGUUCUAUAGUGGUAGAUGGGGCACUGUUUGUGACGAUGGGUUCGAUACUAAUGACGCUAAAGUUGCGUGUAGGCAUUUGGGUUUUGAGUCUAAGCGGGCGACUGUCAUAGCAAGUUCAAAUGUUCCUGAUGGUUCGGGUCAAAUCUGGUUAGAUAAUAUAAAUUGUGCUGGAACUGAUAGAACAUUGUUUGAGUGUAGUCACAAUGGUUGGGGAAGUCAUAACUGCAACCAUGGUGAAGAUGUUGGUGUUAGUUGCAAUGGAGGACUUCGCUUGGUUGGUGGUGUUGCAUCGGGAAGACUUGAAGUGUUCUAUAAUGGUAGAUGGGGCACUGUGUGUGACGAUUAUUUCGAUACGGAUGAUGCUAAGGUUACCUGUAGACAUUUAGGUUUUGUGACUGAGGGGGCAACUGUCAUAGCAAGUUCUAAUGU